AUGUGGCUGUUCCGCGGCGUGCAGUCGGCCAUCUUCUACUACGCGACCUGUACGCCAUGUGCCACUGCCGGCGACCGCAGACGACGCAAGAGGGAAGCUGCCCGAACCCAGCGAGAGAAGGCCCGCGAGGCCGCCAUUGUCACCGACCAGCCCCGAGUCUUUCCCCAACCGACCCCUUUCAGCACAAACGCAGGAUGGGCCGAGGAAAUCGCCCUCGGUCCUGGGCCCCCUGCUCGCCGAGGCGGGCACCGGCCGGCCAACAAUCGUUCUGCACACCACCUGGACGGGACGGCACCUCGACUGUCCGGCAUGUCCAGCAGCACCUUGGGAGACGAAUCUCCGUCUCGAAAGGAGAAGGGAGGACUGGGCGAUCGGCUGCAUUGGAUGCGAUAUCAGCGGGAAGAUGAGCCGCUUUGGGGCCAGGAGGAGAUGCAGGAAGUACGAGGGUCGUCGGUAGGCAUCUCCGGCCGGGGACGGGCCGAAACGAACCAUUCGAGCCGAUAUUACAUCGCCAAAGUGCCUCCGGUGAAUGACCUGCAUCCGCCGAUUGUGAGCGGUCCCACCAGUCGAGCCGAAGUACGAUGGAUGCUGCAGCCGCCUCCGCCAGCUCGAGUCAUGGCGGGGAAGGAGAGAUAUUCGUCGGUGCGUAGCAGUCGGGAGGGCAGUAUACGAAGGAAGAACGGGCAUGGCCGGGUUUCUGAUACAGGGGAGGAAGACGAGGCGCAAGUUGGACAGUCGAGCCAACCUGUGGAGCAGACGAAGGCAUCUGCGGAAAUCAAACCCAAUUCGAGUCGGAAACCCGACAAAAAAGGCCAUCGGCCUCCCCCUAUUACCGUCGUCGGCGGACACCGCACGAUGGACAGCCAGGAGGAUGACUCGCCUCGACGAGUACCACUGGCGACGAUUGCGUCGCACUCGAAAUCGGCGGCAUAUGACGAGUUCCAUUUGCAGAUAUCGUCCGCGAUGAAUUCGCGGUCGAAUUCGCUGUCCAGCCUGGGAUCGCCGGCCGAGUCGCUGCCGUGGACGGAGACGCUAUAUUCGCGUCCAGGCUCGAAAGCAACGGAUGACAGCGGCAAGGCGUUUCACUCGUCGCUCUCCAAUGUGAUUAGCCCUGUGCAUCGCGGCCACAAGAAGGUGGAGGCCGUGCAUGUUGAGAUUAGCGAGGAGGAAGGACAGAUACAGGAGAUCCGGCCAUGGCGGUGGAGCUUCGACAUAUAG